GAACCCAAUUCAGUACUACAUUGAAUUCUUUGCAGUCAACAUCGAGUGGUGUGGAAUCUCCGAAUUAAAAAAUUCAAGAUGGAUCUUUAUUAUAUGCCCGCUUCAGCUCCUUGUCGUUCUGUUGAAAUGACAGCCAAAGCAGUUGGAGUGACACUUAACAAAAAACCUUUAAACUUGAUGGCAGGUGAACAUCUUACCCCAGAAUAUUUGAAGAUAAAUCCACAACACACAAUUCCAACUUUAGUUGAUAAUGGAUUUGCAAUCUGGGAGUCUCGUGCCAUUAUGGGUUACCUGGUUGAAAAAUAUGGCAAGGACGAUUCAUUAUAUCCAAAAGAUCCCCAAACACGUGCAGUAGUCAAUCAGCGCUUAUACUUUGAUAUGGGCACCUUAUACAAAAGCUUCUCUGACUAUUUCUAUCCGCAAUAUAGACUUAAACAACCAGCUGAUCCGGAGAAGUUCAAACAAAUGGAAGUAGCUUUAGGAUUCUUCGAUACGUUUUUGGAUGGACAAACGUAUGCUGCUGGUAAUAGCAUCACUAUUGCUGAUUUUGCAUUGGUAGCUACUGUUUCUACUCUUGUACUUGUCGGAGUUGAUAUUACCAAAUUCCCUAAUGUUAAUAAAUGGUGGGAGAAUGCCAAGGAAACCGUUCCUGGUUUUGAUGAUAAUUGGGCUGCUUGCUUGGAAGCUAAAAAGCUAUUUGAUCAAAUGAAAAAUAAUUAGUUUGCUUAGAUGUGGAAAUAUGUUUAAAAUUUAUUUAUAA